GCUAAACGGAGACCACACAGGCAGACUUGACCUUGACCAGAUAGUCGUCAAGAUGCCAAACUGGGGUGGAGGCGCAAAAUGUGGAGCCUGUGAAAAGACCGUCUACCAUGCAGAAGAAAUCCAGUGCAAUGGGAGGAGUUUCCACAAGACGUGUUUCCACUGCAGUCCCCAAAGCCGGCACGCUCAGCUACCACCAGCAACCCUUCCAAGUUCACUGCGAAGUUUGGAGAGUCCGAGAAGUGCCCUCGAUGUGGCAAGUCAGUCUAUGCUGCUGAGAAGGUUAUGGGAGGUGGCAAGCCUUGGCACAAGACCUGUUUCCGCUGUGCCAUCUGUGGGAAGAGUCUGGAGUCCACAAAUGUCACUGACAAAGACGGGGAACUUUAUUGCAAAGUUUGCUAUGCCAAAAAUUUUGGCCCCACGGGUAUUGGGUUUGGAGGCCUUACACAACAAGUGGAAAAGAAAGAAUGAAGAGGUGCGCCAUUUCUCAGAAUUUUUGCGAGCCUAAAACACUUGCCAAGUAAUCCUGCACAGAUGGAUACCUUUCCCCAAAUAGUCUCUCCUUUGUAGUUGUACAUUAUAUGUUUCUCCUCAGAAGUGAUCACGGUCUUUACUGAAUGUUAGAAGAGGCCUUUGGAAGAAAAUUAUGUAAAGUUUAAUCUAUAACAAAUGCUUUAUUAUUUAUAAUGCUUGGAGUGGGAGAGGCAAUAAAUACAUGUUUUAGUGCUAUCUUGUAUGGCUCUGGAUCUUUUCUUUGAGACAGAAAUUUUCAAAAAACAUAAAGCUAGUUCAAAAAACGAGCUGCAGAGAAUAUAAUAAAUUUGGAUGUCAACUGAGAAAGCAGCGAGAAGGAAGAAAUAAUGGGCAAGGGAAAGCAGUCUUUCAGAAUCUGUCAGCCAAGUGUCUUUCUAGUUACUGCUAAUGGAGAAGAAAACAGGGGGUCUGGGAGAAAAUAGAGAACAUGAUAGCAAAAUCUAAAAGGAAAAUCAAAACUAAUAAAAUUGCUGAAGAGUUGAUCCUUUUGUCCUAUCAUGGGGCUUCGUAAUGUUACACAUCUCGUGAAAACUCAGAAAUGACAACAAAGCGUGGCAUUUGCCUCUGUAUUAUAAAUGA